AUUACGCUUCACAUGUUGCAGAAUUUCGGGCUGGGAGGGCAUUUUACUCGAAAAAAAUUGUGAAGUUUGGCUGUUAAACUACAACAACAAGCAAGAUGGGCAAGGCGAAGAAGGGCAAGCGUACAGGCAAGGACGACGACUUUGACAGCGAUGUUGAGGUGAAUGAUACCAUCACAGAUGAACCUGUCAAAUCAAAAAAAUCUAAAGAGAAAAAAAAGAAGGGAGAUGAUGUUGAUGAUUUGGCUGAUGAUCUCAAAGACCUGAAAGUUGAUAAAUCAAAAGCUUCUAAAAAAGAGAAAAAAUCUAAAAAGAAAGGAGGAGACUCAGAUAAUGAUGUACCUGUAUCAAAAGGAAAUAUUGAUUCUGAAUCUGAUUCUGAAGAUGAUGCCCCUAAGGGAAAGCUGAAAAAUCGAAAGAAUCAACCUCCAAAGAAAGGGUUUACAGCUGUAUCUAUUGAAUGUGAUAAUGAUGAGUCUGACACUGAAAAGUUAAAGACAAAAGCUAAAGGAAAGAAAGGCAAAAAAAUUGAUUCUGAUGAUGAAGAUGAAGUAAAAAUAUCUAAAAAUAAGAAUAAGAAAAAAGAUAAGAAAAAUAUAGAAUCAGGUGAUGAAGAUUCAGAGAAUGAUACUCGUAAACCAAAAGGAAAAGGAAAGAAAGGAAAGAAAGCCAUUGAUUCUGAAGCAUCUGAUGAUGAGGAAGUCAAAGUUAAAGCUAAAAAUAAAUCUAAUGCUAAAAAGAACAAAAAAAGGGAAUCUGAUGAUGAGUCUGAAGACGAAAUAUCUAAACCAAAAGGUAAAUUGAAAGAUAAAAAAGGAAAAAAAGUUUCAGAAUCAGAUGAUGAUGAAAUUAAAGCUCCAACUAAGUCAGUUAAAGCUGCAACCCUCAAAGCUCCAAAAGCAAGUUUUGCUUUAUUAAAUAUGGAUGAUAAUGAUGAUGACCAGGAUGAUGAAGCUGCUUCACCACCUUCAUCAGAGGAUGAAUCAAAGACUCAAAGUGCUGAUCGUAGUAAAUCUGUCAAGCAACCUAAAUCUCAAGAAUCUCAAAAAGAAUCUAAAAAGAGUAAAAAAUCUAAAAAGAAAAGGCAAGACAGUGAUGAAGACAUUGAUAAAGUACUAGCUGAGUUAGAAAUGGAAUAUUCAGGGCAAAAAAAAACAGAGACAAAGGAAAAGCUUGCUAUGCAAUCACCAACAGAAGAGGAGACUACUAAAAAAGAGAAAAAGGCAAAAGAUGUAGAGCCGGAGCUACCUGAUGCUGCAGGAGAUGGAGAAGAAGGUGGAACUGUUAAAACAGCAGCUCAAAAGAAAAAAGAGAAAAAAGAAAGAGAAAAGCAAAAAAAAACUUGCCCAAAAGAAAGCUCUAUGAAAAAGACUGAUGCUCCCAAAGAAUCUACUGCUGCAACUACUACUGUUACUGCUGCUGCUGCUGCUGUUGCUGCUGUUGCUGCUGAGAAGCCUCCUGAAAAAUUAGAAGAGGAUAAAAAAGAGGCUAGCGAUGCAGAAGGAGUAGCUGAUGAUGGGAAGAAGAAAAAGAAAAAAGGUGCUAAAGAAGAAGUUCCUGUAAAAGAAAAAACCAAAGGGCCUGGAAAGAAAAUGAUUGCUGCUAUGCAAGAAGCUUUGAAGAAAGCGAAAGAAGAGGAAGAAAGAAUAAAACGUGAGGCAGAAGAAAAAUUGCGACAAGAAGAAGAGCUUGAGAAGCUUCGUUUAGAGAAACUCCAAAAAGAGUAUGAAAAGAAAGAAAAGAAAAAGUUAAAAGAGAAACAACGGAAAGAAAAACUAAAGGCCGAAGGAAAAUAUUUGACAGCAAAGCAAAAACAGGAUAAAGCCAGAGCACAAGCUAUGCUUGAAGCUUUAAAAGCUAAAGGUUUGGAUUUGCCGGAAGCCGGACAAAAAGCGCCAAGACCUGGAACAAGAGUAAGACCUGGUAAAUUGAAACAGCAAACAAGUACAGAAGCCAAGGAAGAAGCUAAAAAGCCAGAAGAGGAAACCAAGACCGAGCAGGUACAGGUUGAAAUCGUUGAUAAACAAGAAAAAACCGAGGUCAAGAAAGAAGAUGAUGAAGACUCCGUAAAGGACGCUUGGGAUGCUGAAACUAGUGAAGAAGAAGCUGAAGAAGAUAAAUCCGAGGAGACUCAAAAGGAAUCAACUAGUGAAAAUGCCAAAAAAGAUUCCAAAGCAACUGAGAAAGAGUCGACUCCUGAGAACGAAGAGGAAUCAUCAGAAGAGUCUGAAUCGGAAAGCGAAAGUUUGGAAUCUGAAUCGGAAGAAGAUAGCGAUGAAGAUAGCGAAGGCGAUGACAAGAAAACCGAUGCUGAGCGUAGGAAAGAUAAAGUACUUCUAAGAAUCCAAAAUCGUAGAGCAGAAGCUGAGAAGAAACGAACCACAGAUGAUUUACGUGCUGCUGUAGUUUGUGUAUUAGGUCACGUCGAUACUGGCAAAACGAAGAUUCUUGACAAGUUGAGACGGACGAACGUGCAAGAUGGUGAAGCUGGUGGUAUCACACAAUCAAUCGGUGCAACGAACGUUCCCAUCGAAGCUAUUCAAGAAUCGAUGAAACUUGUCAAAGGCUUCGCAGAAAAGGUUCUCAAAUUACCUGGAUUGCUGAUCAUCGAUACACCUGGUCACGAGUCGUUUAGUAAUCUCAGAAAUAGAGGAUCGUCCCUCUGUGAUAUAGCUAUUUUGGUAGUAGAUAUAAUGCAUGGCCUAGAGCCUCAAACUAUUGAAAGUAUCGAAUUAUUAAAAAAAAAGAAAUGUCCAUUUGUAGUUGCUCUCAACAAAAUUGAUAGAUUGUUCGAUUGGGAAUCAAUGGGGCGUAAAGAUGUCCGUGAUAUUAUCGCAGCACAGGGACAAAUGACUCAACAAGAGUUUGAUAAGCGUUCAAAGGAAGUCAUUCUUCAAUUUGCUGAGAAAGUUGGUCUAAAUGCCGCCCUAUUCUAUCAAAAUCCUGAUCCUCGCUCUUAUGUUUCUUUAGUUCCAACAAGCGCCAUC